GGGAAAACAAACCAGAAGUUAGUGCUGAUUUACGCUUUCCUGAGGGAAUUAAAUACAACCAGCCAGAUGUGAGUAAUAGCCGGACAGACGUUACCACACUGACCCCAUGGUUAGCUCCAAUCAUAUGGGAAGGAACGUUUGAUCUGUCGGUGAUCGACAGCAUUUACUCACAAAAGAAUAUCACCGUGGCAACCACAGUCUUCGCUCUGGGGAAGUAUGUCCGUUUCCUGAAGGAAUUCCUGGAGUCAGCGGAGCAGCACUUCAUGGUUGGUUACCGUGUUCAUUAUUACCUGUUUACCGAUCGCCCGGAUGAGGUUCCUACUGUAACGCUGCGGCCAGGUCGUAAGUUGACCAAGAUAAAAACACCAAGCUCAAACCGGUGGCAGGAAAUUACACUGCGCAGGAUGGAGAUGAUUGAAAAGCUCAUUGAGGAACAUCUUGUCAAUGAAGCUGACUACAUCUUCAGCCUGGAUGUUGACUCUAAAUUCUAUGGCCACUGGGGGGCGGAGACUUUGUCUGAUAUAAUUGCUGUUCUGCACCCUGGGUAUUUCGGAACACCACGGACAGCAUUCCCAUAUGAGAGACGUCCCGAGUCUGUGGCCUUCAUCCCACCAGAAGAGGGAGACUACUACUAUGGAGGAGCCGUGAUCGGAGGACGCAUUGGCAAUGUACACAAGCUGACAAAGACGUGCCGCAUACAGCUGGACAUUGACCGAGCCAAUAAGAUUGAAGCAGCAUGGCAGGAGGAGUCUCACCUGAACAAGUACUUCCUGUACAACAAACCCAUCAAAGUGCUCUCACCUGAGUACCUGUGGCAGGACUUCAAACAGAAAACCAGCAACAUGAAAGUGAUACGCUUCUCACAGGUGAUCAAGAACUACGCUGAGGUUCGACCCAAUAAAUAACUAACACCAGCUUAGGAAGCAAUUAAUUAAUUAGGUCAUCACACAACGACACACACAAUCAAAUCACCUCUUAUGACUUUCCUGUUAACAUAAAUUAAUUAAACUGAUAAACCUUUACACAUUGAAUUAAGCUCUGCUUUGCUAACAUGCAUAUUUAUGUAUACUUAUAAAGAACAUAAAGAACAUCCUGAAAAGAUGAAAAUAUGCAGCCAACACUAACUAUUAACUUCAUACUUCAGCAUACAGUUUAUUAAAGAAUUAGGCAAAAAUAAAAUCUGAAAUAAUUUGUAAAUGUUUAAUGUGUCUAUCUAAUUCAGACCCUUUUAUUAUAACGUUGUGUUAGGAAUGACUUUAUUAAAAUCCAUUACUUCUUAGAAUGUCCCCCCCCACACACACACACACUGUGGUGGUGUAGGAUUUGUAGGAUUAGUUUAUUAUUUUUCUAUGAUUAUUUUGUGAAAGAUAGAUAUUUAAUCAUUAAGAUUGACUCAAUGUGAUUUUUAACUCAAUGUGAUCAACUGUCGAUGUAAACGCCUGUCCUCAUAUUUUUCUCAUGAAGAAAUUGUCCUUGUUUUCUGUUUUUCUCUUGUUUUAGCCUUGGAUAUUAUCUAUAUG